GGUCAAUAAGUUUUCUUCGGAUCGACUGCAGAAAUGGCAUAUAAAAUUGCGUGCAUGUUAUUGGCGCUGGCUGUAGCUAGCUACGCCUUACCUCGAGGUAAUUACGAAGGUUAUGGUGGCCAUAGCGGGCAUGGGCACGGAUAUGGUGGUGGUCAUGGAGGAAUUGCUAAUGACCAAGGAUUCGGAGGAGCGGAUCACGGCGGUUUCGGUACAGGUCAAGGAGGCUAUGGACAAGGCGGUUACGAGCAAGGCCAAGGUGGACACGGCGGUUUUGUGCCAGGCCAGGGUAGUCACGGCGGUUUUGGGUCAGGCCAGAGUGGACCCGGAAAUUUUGAGUUCGGCCAUAACGGAGGCAAUGACGGCGACCAUGGCUUCGGUGGUUCAGGCGGUCAUGGACAUCAUGGUGGCUACCAACAACAUGGAUAUUAAAUAUAUAA